UAGCCUUCUGUUGAGUCUGCAAGCCCAGGAGGUUCAGCAACAUCUGAUGACCAUGAAUUUGAUCCAUCAGCUGAUAUGCUGGUGCAUGACUUUGAUGAUGAACGGACAUUAGAAGAGGAGGAAAUGAUGGAAGGAGAAACAAACUUCAGUUCUGAAAUAGAGGAUCUUAACAGGGAGAGUGAUAUGCCAAUCCAGGAGCUGCUCAGCCGAUAUGGCUACGAUGGUACCAUGCCACUCCAAGAAGAUGAGGAGGAUGAGGAGGAAGAAGAGGAAGAGGAGGAGGGAGAAGAUGAUGAUGAUGUUGAUAAUGAUGACAACAGUGGCUGUAGUGGUGAAAACAAAGAGGAGACCAUAAAAGAUUCAUCAGGUCAGGAAGAUGAGACCCAGUCAUCUAAUGAUGACCCAGCACCGUCUGUGGCUUCUCAAGAUCCCCAGGAGAUAAUUCGCCCUCGUCGAUGUAAAUAUUUUGACACAAACAGUGAAAUAGAAGAAGAGUCUGAAGAAGAUGAAGAUUAUAUCCCCUCAGAAGACUGGAAAAAGGAAAUCAUGGUGGGCUCGAUGUUUCAGGCUGAAAUCCCAACUGGCACCUGCAAAUACAAAGAGAAUGAAAAAGUGUAUGAAAAUGAUGACCAGCUGCUGUGGAAUCCUGACUUCUUACCGGAAGACAAAGUGAUCGAGUUCCUAAAUGAAGCAUCGAGACGUACGGGUGAGGAGAAAGGUCUAGAAGCAAUUCCUGAAGGAUCACAUAUUAAAGACAACGAGCAGGCAUUGUAUGAACUGGUGAAGUGCAAUUUUGAUACUGAAGAAUCAUUACGAAGGCUGAGGUUUAAUGUGAAAGCAGCCAGAGAAGAGUUGUCUGUUUGGACAGAAGAAGAAUGUAGGAACUUUGAACAAGGGCUGAAAGUCUAUGGCAAGGAUUUCCAUGUGAUUCAGGCAAAUAAGGUACGGACGAGGUCAGUGGGGGAGUGUGUGGCCUUUUACUAUAUGUGGAAGAAGUCGGAGCGCUACGAUUUCUUUGCGCAGCAGACUCGCUUUGGGAAGAAGAAAUACAACCUUCAUCCUGGAGUCACAGAUUACAUGGACCGUCUGCUGGACGAAAGCGAAAGUGCUGCCUCCAGCAGAGCUCCGUCCCCACCUCCAACAGCCUCCAACAGCAGCACCAGCCAGUCAGAAAGGGAAGACAGCACCACCAGCAGCAGCAAUCAGAAUGGGGUGUCUGCCAACGGGCCAGGGGAGAUGCCAUAUAAAGAUGAAGCAAAAAUGGAAGGGUUGCACAUCAAUGGACCUAGCAGUGGCAAGAAAACACCUCACACAGAUCUGGAUACCAAUGGGUAUGAGACUGAGAACCUUGUCACUGACCCAAAACUUGCUCAUUCAGCUUCGAGGAACGAAAACGACUUGGAAGAAAAAAACGAGCGACCUCUGAAAAGAAGAAGAAUUAACAGCAAUGGGAAAGAAAGUCCAGGUUCUGCAGAGUUCUUCCAAGAGGCAAACUCACAUGGGAAGCUUGAAGAGCUAGAAACUUUGGAUGACUGAAUUCCAAGAUUUUUAUUCCGUGGAGUAAAUGUUGGGGUGUCUAAAA